AUGGCGGCCCAGCAAGAGACGCUACAAAACGAUCGGUUCUCUACAUUCCACGAUGUCGUGGCUCAGAUUCAGUCGGAGCAACCGGGUGUAAACAUUAAGUGUGGUACGGUGGUAACCAAGGGUCAUCACCCUCGGAAUGCACGGUACCUCAGCACGAACGAACUGGAGGGUCGGACCUCGUUAACUACCCUGCAAACUGUGGCGGCCAUCCAGGCUGUGGACCAAGCCGCCGGACGUGGCGUGUACCUGAUCGAACCGAACGAAAUAACAUCCGACGACGAAGACACUCAGCUGACCGAAUCUGAAUCUGACCCAGGAUCCAACGAGUUGGGGGGACAGAUUACGCAGUCGAGUCAAUUCACAACCGAGUUUCACCCACUCUGA